GAGCUCUUCUCUCAUCCCCGGGUCUCCUCACUCCGCCCGUGACGCCUGGGGCACGUGUGGUCCCCAGCCUCCGCUGGGGCUUCCCACGCCAGUGGUGGGAGGACGGACCUGUCCGCUGGUGUCACUGUCAGCUCAGGGAGGAGGAAGGGGUGGCAGCAAGGUCGCAGAGCGCCACUCGGUGCUGCCCCCGCCCAGCUCCCCGCAGUGCUGUCCCGGCCCCGCGGGCAAGCAGGCAAGCGGGCAACCGGCCCUCGCCCUCCCCGCCGGCCCAGGCCGGGAGGAGCGGCGCCCCCCAGCCCCACAGCGUGGAGCCGGCAUCCCGGGCUGAGAGGCCAGGCGGCGUGCAGGCGGCGGACGCCGGAGUCGGGCGGGGGCGGCUCCCAUGAGGCUUACGCUGGGCUGCUCCGUCCCCAGGCCCAGGUGAGACAGCACCAUGGGGCAGGCGGGCUGCAAGGGGCUCUACCAGUCGCUGUUCGACUACAAGACUGAGAAGUAUGUCAUCGCCAAGAACAAGAAGGUGGGCCUGCUCUACCGGCUGCUGCAGGUCUCCAUCCUGACCUACCUGGUGGUGUGGGUGUUCCUGUUGAAGAAGGGUUACCAAGACACGGACACCUCCCUGCAGAGCAGCAUCAUCACCAAAGUCAAGGGCGUGACCUUCACCAACACUUCGGAGCUGGGGGAGCGGCUCUGGGAUGUUGCUGACUAUGUCAUCCCCCCCCAGGGAGAGAAUGUCUUCUUCAUCAUCACCAACCUGAUUGUGACCCCCAACCAGCGGCAGGAAACCUGUGCAGAGAGCGACAGCAUUCCCGAUGCCCUGUGCUAUGAGGACAGCGACUGCCCUCCUGGGAAGCCUGUCAUGACUGGAAAUGGGGUGAGGACUGGCCGCUGCCUGCGGGCAGAGAACCUGACAAGUGGAACCUGUGAGAUCUUCGCCUGGUGCCCAGUGGAAUCAAGAUCCAGGCCAGAGAAGCCACUCCUGGGCAAGGCGGAAGAUUUUACCAUUUACAUAAAGAACUUCAUUCGUUUCCCCAAAUUCAACUUCUUCAAGACCAAUGUGCUGGACACCAAAGACACAACGUACUUGAAGUCCUGUCACUUUGGCCCCAAGAACCCCUACUGCCCCAUCUUCCGACUGGGGUCUGUGGUCAAAUGGACAGGAAGCAACUUCCAGGAGAUGGCGCUGCAGGGCGGUGUGAUAGGGAUCCAGAUUGAGUGGGACUGCGACCUUGACAGAGCCCCUUCCGAAUGCAGCCCUCGCUAUUAUUUCAGCCGCCUGGACAGCAGAUUUCCAGGGAACUCUGUCUCUUCCGGGUACAACUUCAGGUUUGCCAAAUAUUACCGUGAUGGAGCAGGGGUGGAGUUCCGUACCUUGAUGAAAGCCUACGGGAUCCGCUUUGAUGUCAUGGUGAAUGGCAGGGCAGGGAAGUUCAGCAUCAUCCCCACAGUCAUCAACGUGGGCUCGGGGGUGGCGCUCAUGGGUGUUGGGUCUUUCCUCUGUGACCUGGUACUCAUCUACUUCAUCAAAAAGAGCCACUUUUACCGCAACAAGAAAUUCGAGGAAGUAAGAUCUGGCCACCCGACCAAUGGAAAGGCGAGUGUGGAGCAGCUGCAGAACCUGCAGACGGUGGAGGCAUAGCCAGGGACACGGGCUGAGAGUGGACUUGGUGAAGACCUGGGGCAGAAUCUCCUGCAGCUCUGAACUGGAACGGCCUCUCAUCUGUGCCUGUGCGGGACAGGGGCUUCCAGGCACCCCUGCCUCUCCUGCAUGUUGGGAUCAUGCUGCAAGCUUCUGUCGUGUGUCGGGGGAGGGGAGCCUCCCAGUGGCCAGCGUUGCUCAGACCUAGAAGAGGAGACCCUGGAGAGGGAAGGGGGCCGGCCAGGGCGUCACUGAUACAAGAGUGUUUUCAUUUUUUUCUGAGAACCUAGCUAGACAUUCAUGCACUCAAUAUCCAUACAUGUAGUAAACAUUUUUUUUGCUGUGGGCUGGGCCCUGUCCAAGAGAUGCUCAAAUGAGACACUGACCUGGCCCCCAGGGAGGGGCACACACUUGUCAUUCCCUUCAAAGACAACGGACAUCACAGCCAGGCUCGCCACUCGGACCUUCCUCCAGCCUCUAGCUGAGGCUUGUACAAACUGCUGUAGAAGACAACGGCUCCUCAGAGAAAGACCUUCGCCCCCAGGGAUUCAAUAUAAAGGUGGCCAAGGGGGCAACCAGGAGAGGACCGAACCCUUCAGGAGGCAGCUGGCCCUUGAGGGGACAGGCAGCCUCUGAGGGCUUCUGGGUAAGGUAGGAAAGGGGAGGCAGGGGCCUCUGCUCCGGCCUGACCCACCCAGCCCGGGGAGGCUCUGGGUACGGUGGCUCAUCCACGUGGGCGAGCGUUGCCUGUGAUUUGGCUCUAGCUGUUCUGUGGGGUUGGUUAUCUCUGCCCAGCUUCCCUCCCUCUCUCCUCAAGGGCUGGCUGGGUCUGCAGGGCUAAUGACAUGGUGCUCAACUGGCAGGUGGAAACCCUUACUAGGGGUCCCUCCGCCUCACCCCUGCCCCUCCUUCCCCACCCUCCUCCGCUGCAGCUGUACCCUGCAGAACUCUGCUGCUUCCCUGCCCUGGUGGCUGUACAGCUUCACUAUCCAAAGUGUGGUCCCCGGACCAGCCGCAUCACGUCACCUGGGGGCUUGUUAGAUGGGCAGUCUCCAGUCCCUUCCUCCUAAAUCGGAACCUGCGUUUCAACAACACUCCCCAGUCAUUUGUGCGCCCUGUACAUUUUGACAGGCCCUGGUUGACACCUGCAAAGCCUGGUUCUGAGGGAGGAAAGAGUCAGCUUUGGUGGGUGGUGCUGAUUUCUAGGUCAGACUCACACAUUCUACCUUGAGGCUGGCAGGAUGCCCCUUCCUGCUCCAGGGAAAGGAGCACCACAAUCCACUUAAAUUCAAAUAUUUGAACUAGAUGAUAACAUGAUUCAAAAUUUAAAAGGUACAAAAGAAUAGAGUGGAUGUUUCUCUCUCACCCCCGUUCUCAAGGCAACGUGAGUUUCUAGUUCCAAGAGGCUCCCUUGUUUUCAAGCAGAGAAUGCACUGGGUCCCUCGUAUCCUCCCUCAGGAAAUGAGCUUUCCCUCAUGUGUGUAGUGUCAGGCCUCAUCUCCUCUGUCAGGCAGGAACAUGAUGGAGCAGCUUAAAUACUGUGCUGGGAGGCAGCUGGUGCACUUCCCCCUCCCAGGUCUGAGGAACCCCUGUGCAAACUGAAGGGGAGACAGAGAGCUCCGUGCGGCAGCAACGGCCGCCAGGGCUGUGUUCGCACAGCUGCUGGCCCCUAGGGAGCGUCCUCUUUGGAAGUGCCCUCUGGGCCUCCCUGGGGUCCCAGGGGCAGGGCUCGUCUCUGCACACAGAGGAGGAGGUAAGCUUCCUGCCUGUGGGCCCUUUGGAGAAGGUCAGCAGGGUCUGAAAGAAGGUUUCUGGAGCAAGCAGCUCCCUCCCCCUAGGUUGCCUGGUAACCAGUCUGCAAGCCCACCUGCUCUCUGUGGAAAGUGAACAACCUGGGCCAUCCAUUACGGUGCUUCGCUUCAUCGCUAAAGCAAACCCUUGGACUGAAUACUCCAGCAUGUUUUAUGUUUGGGAGGAAGUGAAGGUCAAGCUGCUCAGGAGUCUGUCUGGUUGCUCUUAACCUGUUUUUGGGAUUGCCUGCCAGCAGCCAUAAAACCUAAAGACAGUUGUACUAUUUAUUUUGUAUUGGAAUGAAAAUGUCUUCCUAUUCAGUCAGUAAAGAUUUACCUAUUGCA